AUGGACGUUAAAAACCUUUCCAGCAAUUGGAAGAAACUCCAGGAGACGCUGAAACAGAAUCCCACGUCCAGCUCUACAAAACGCAAGACAUCUGAUCGGGAAGGCCAAAAUGGUGUGUUAAAGAAGCGAAAAACGGAGACAGUCGAAGGGAAAACCAAACUUGAACAAUCUCGUGUAUCGAAAAAGAGGAAGAGAAUGGCCGACAGCGCUGCUGAUGGAGGCAAGGAUGUCGUCCAGGAAACCGCUGUGAAAUCCAUCUCCCGGAAGAAUUCUACCGCCUCGAUUGCGCCGCGACCUGAAGUGAAGAUUGCAAAGGUCAAUGAGGGCCGGUCACCGACUGCUGAACUAGGUAAAUAUGUUGCGAUGGACUGUGAGAUGGUGGGAGUCGGCCCUAACCCCGAUAACGACUCGGCCCUUGCGCGUGUCAGUAUCGUCAACUUCAACGGUGAACAAGUGUAUGACUCCUUUGUACGUCCGAAAGAAAUGGUCACGGAUUGGCGAACGCAUGUGAGCGGCAUACUCCCAAAGCAUAUGGUAGAAGCCCGGUCCCUUGAACAAGUUCAAAAAGAUGUUGCCGAGCUUAUGGAUGGGCGAAUACUCGUUGGGCAUGCCUUGCGGAAUGACCUGGAUGCACUUCUUCUAAGCCAUCCCAAGCGCGACAUUAGAGACACUAGCAAACACCCACCAUAUCGGAAGAUUGCCGGGGGCGGUUCUCCCCGUUUGAAAAUGUUGGCUUCAGAAUUUUUAGGUCUGGAUAUUCAGAGCGGCGCUCAUUCUAGUGUGGAGGAUGCAAAAGCUACAAUGCUUCUAUACCGGCGAGAUAAAGAUGAAUUCGAGAAGGAACACCUGAAGAAAUGGCCGGUACGAGUGGUGGUUGAGAAGGAGAAUGGAGACGACCAGAAGAAAAAGAAGAAGAAGAAGAAGAAGACGCGCAAGAGUCAAUUGAAAUUUACAAUUAAACCCAACAUGUUCGCUAUCCAACCCCAGCAACAGUCCUCAGGAUCAGAAGACGCGAAUAGAACAGAGAACGUUACUCCCAAUAUCCUUCCUUGUCGAAUUCAUCAUGAUGGUCCCGUUGGAUCCCUGGGCCGCUACUGGAAGCCCGAAUCUGAUGGAAAAGAUUCGAAUGUACAAACUGCCUACUUCCGCGGCCGUAAACUGCGAGGCCGACGUGUUCAGAUUCCAGAGGGCUAUCAAGGGGUUGUUGCGCUGCCAACAGAGCGUGUGAUGCCAUCGACCCAAAGCAACGCAAACUCUACGAUCAGCGAGGAAACAGAACAGGAAGAACCAGUCAAGAUCCUGGAGAAGCAAGCUACUUUCGAUGAAUAUGUGGUAUGGGGUCAUGAACUGACACCUGCGGCGGAUGACUCCUUCGUCAAGGGAGUUGAAGAGUGGCUGAAAUUAGCUGAAGCGAUGCAUUGCCAGUCUGGUGACGAAAAGAAAUCCUCAUGA